AUGGCUCCUUAUUACACAGCUAUACUUCCCAUUGUGUCCAGCUGUUGCACGGAGGUUUCACAUAAUAUUCCAAGAAAGCUUCUGAAAAGAGUGAAUAUGUUUUGCAUUCAGAGAGCUGACGGGGAUUGUAACUUGGAAGCAGUCAUCUUUCAUACCAAGCACAGAAGAUUCUGUGUCAGCCCUAACAGACAUGUUCGGCAGUGGAUGAGAAAAAACACAGUCAAGAAAAUUAUUAAAGACCAUAUUUGCUAUGAGAAGAAACACCAUAACAAGAGGAAUGGUAGAAAGGCCCACAGGAAGGAAAAUUAG